AGCUGCUAAGGUCAAGACUAACUUCCCAAACCUGGACUUCAACACUUAGAAAUUCAACACUGUUCCACAUGCCAAAUAGUUGCAUCUCUGUAUCAUAAGCAACAGUCUGUGGUAUACAUUUGCACACCAAGAUAAGAAAGCAGUGGCUAUCUUUAUGUGUUGCUACGAGAAUUGAGUCACCAUGGCAUUAAUCUUUGAACUUUGGUUGUGUGAUUAUUUUUCUCUGUGGCUAACACCAAGAGAGGACUGGUUAUCUCCCAAGCCAAAGAGAUCUUUGGAUGUUACAAUAAAGGUGUAUAUUUCUGCUGCACAUUUGCCUUGGUCCUGAGCCAAAAGGAAGAACUUGUAUUGGAUAAAGAAAAUCUCCCAGGCAGGCAGAACUAGCCCUCCCGAAAAACCAGUUUGUCAGCUGCUCCUCAAAAAUCAGUUUCCCUCUAAGACAUGCUGUGACAACAUGCCCACAACAACUUUUAACUCUGUUGAUCAACAGGAACAGGUUUCCAUUAUGGGGGAGACGGGAGUAGAUGAUCCCAGCCUCGUUGAUCAAGAGCUUCGGGAUAUGGAUGAAGAUCGCUUAUGGGAGAUGGUGGAGGGCCAUCGUUACAGAAUUGUGAGGGGCGUCUCCCCCAGUCGUCUUACCCCCUAUUUACGGCAGGCCAAGGUGCUGGGUCAACUGGAUGAGGAAGAAAUCUUGCACAGCCCCCAGUUCACAAAUAGAGCCAUGAGAGUUGGCCACAUGCUGGAUCUCUUGAAAUCCCGUGGGAAAAAUGGGGCUCUUGCUUUUCUGGAAAGCUUGAAACUUCACAAUCCUGAUAUUUAUGUGCUCAUUACUGGCUUGGAGCCUUCCAUAGACCACAACAAUUUUAGCGAUCUGAUUGAAAGUUCCCAGCUGACAGAAUGCUUGGCCAAAGCAGUUAGCAGCCUGCAAGAGGAGCUGAGCCAGGAGAAACGCCAGAAGGUGUCCCUCCUUCAACACUGCCGCAGACUCAAGGAAAACACUGCCCGACUGGAAGCUGAGGCUGAAAGCCUACGGGGCAUUGAAACUGAGUGUAACCGGAUGAAGAGGGAACUCAGUGCUCACUUCCAUGAGGCCCUCAAGCUUAAAGAUGAACUUUAUGGGCUCUCUUUGCGCUACAGCAGUGCCCUUCAAGAGAAGGACCUAGCUAUUACCCGCUGCAGGAGUUUGCAGGAAGAGUUCUACUUGAUGAAGCAAGAACUGCAGCGAGCCCAAGUAUCAUCGUGCCAUCAAAGGGAAAGAUCCUCAAGAAUUUCUGGGGAUACGCAGAUGCAGACAGAUGAGCUCUUAAAGCUGAUGGAAGAGAACGAGCAUCUCAAGUCACUGUUGGAGCUGGAAACCUUCAGUGUGGUGCAGAAAGAUAUUCUAGAGCAAAACCUUGAUGAUGCUCUGGAGGGCAAACAGGAAUUGCUAAAUCGACUUCACUCACUGAGAGAGCAAGCAGCCCUUGCUGAGAAUCAGCGAAAACAGUGUUGGGAAGAAAAGGAAAAUACCUUGAUUGAAUGUCAAAAGAUGAAGGUGGACUGUGAGAUCUACAAGGAGCAAAUCAGUGCCCUUCAGGCUCAAAUAGCUGAUCUACAGAAAGAAAGAGAUCAGGCCUACAAUGCCAGGGACACUGCUCAGUUGGAAAUUUCCCAAAGCCUCCUGGAUAAAGAUUCUCUUCGCCGUAAAGUCUUUGAGCUCACAAAUGAAAUUUGUGAAGUCAGGAAAAAAGCCAGCAUGGGAGUUUCAGUGCUUACGCAGGUACCAAGGAGUGGGCCUCCCAUCACUGAAUCCAAGGACCAUUGUCCAAAGAAAAAGCAGCCCCUAGUACGAAUGCAUGCCAUCUGUCCUCGGGAGGACAGUCAGGACAGCUUGAUGAGCAUAUCAGAGUCUUGGUCAAGUCAUGAUCAAAUGGACAGUUUCCGAUCGUGCAGCCCAAUCCCACCUUGUAAACUUUCUCUACAGAGAAGAGCCAUGCAAGACAGCUCGCUUUCUUGGAGUUCUCAGGAGUUCCUGGACGAGGAAUUUUCUGUCACCUCAGCUGAAGAGAAAGGGAGGGAUCCCUCUUUUGAAUAUGACAUGGGGAGAGAUGAUGGCUCUUCCCUCUGGCUCCACGUAGACCCUUGCAUCUCUGAGAGUGUACCCAUGCGCCGCCGACUUGCACAGCGCUUCCCAAGCCGUAUCACAACUAUUGCCUUCCAAGCCAAUGCUUUGUUGGAGCACAUCAGCAUCAUUGGGGGCAACCAGACUGGCAUCUUCAUUCAUCGAGUCACUCCUGGAUCCAUUGCUGAUGAGAUGUCUUUGUCACCAGGCCAGCAGAUUGUGCUGGUGGAUUAUGGAGUCAUGGAACCUGGUUUCAAAGCUGUCCUAGAAGAUGCAACUCUUGAGGAGGCUCUUUGGGUCCUGGAAAAAGUGAAUGGAUUUUGUUGCUUGUCUGUGAAGCACAACAUGGAAGGUUACAAGAAACUAUUGACUGACCUGAACUCCAAGCUGGUGACAUCUGGUGACUCCUUUUAUAUCCGAUCCAACCUAUGCCUUGAGAAACAAGAUCCUGGGGAACUUUCGGUUGGAUGUCAUAACAUUCUGCAUGUCACUGACACUGUAUAUCAAGGCCAAAAUCAGUGGAGUGCUUGCCAGGUGAAUCCUUAUACCAUGAAAGACAUGGAUGCUGGUACCAUCCCCAACUACUUCCAGGCACAACAGCAACUCAUUGCCCUCAUUCAAGAAUUGGCCCAAAAGAACAUGGUCUCCCAGAAGAAUUCCAGUUUUCAACGCAAGUUGGUCCGUAUUGUGAGUACAAGUAACAGGAUCAAUCCACUUUGGUCCACUAUGGAAUAUAGUUUCUCAGAUUCAAACAAGCCGAAAGUGAGUCCCAGGAAUUGUGUCAGUCUGAUGCCAUAUACUUUUGUCAGGCAUUACAGACCUGGGCAGCCACGUCCAGUACUUGUGGUGCCAGCACUUUUGAGGAAGAUCCUGGCUGACAAGCUAUGCCUUUCCAGGGAAUUCGAAAAAUGUCCCUCAGACACUCAGAACACAGAAUCCUUCCAUGAAAACAAAGAUUUGAAUGGCAGCUCUUGUAUUCCUCGAUGGGAUCUGGAACAGUUAAUGCGAAAGGAUGUGCAUGCCUGGAUGGAUCUGGGCCUGGAGAGUGUGCAAGAACUUCUGGCAAUGGACAUUUAUCCCAUCAUUAUUCUCAUCACCAUCGGUGAGAAGAAUGCCAAGAAAAUCAAGAAAGUUCUUCAGCGCCUUGGAGCAACUGAGGACCAACUUUUGGAGAGUGCCCGGAAAGAUGAGGCCCAGCUGGAGACAGUGUCCUGCCUUUAUCGCACUAUUGCUCCCGAUGCCUGGGGUGACCUUGAUGCUCUCAACAGCUGUGUCCGUGUGGCUGUCGCUGAUGAGCAGAAGAAAGUAGUGUGGGUGGAACAAGUGACUCACCGACCUUUUUAGACCAAUAGAUGGGACUUAAGGCAAUUGUCUCACCCGAGCCUAAGAAAAACUGAAUGUGCUACUGUUUGUUCUGGCAGGAAAUAGAACAUAUUCCAAGCCUAUCAGCUGCAUACUUACUAUUUAGAGAGUUACCAUUUAUUUUCUCAUGGUCUCCAUCCCUCCUCAUCCAACCUCUUUCAAACUGACUUUAUCUUCCCUCACCAUCCCUUUGAAUUCCUGGCAAUACAUCAAUCAUAUGCUGGCUAAACGUACCACAAACUGUUUUAUGUGGGAUGUAUACGCAGAGGUUUGCUAUAAUGAAUUUUUUAAACUCUUGGGUGAAGUUGGUACUCAAAUCAGAAAUGCAUGGAGACUGGACUGAACCAUGUGGAGCACGCAGUUCCUUAUGAGCAUGAGCAUACAGUAUAUUGAACGUUGAGCAUGAAAAUAAUGGAUGCAUUUCAUUUUUUUUAAAUAACAGAAUUUCUCACAGGAGAGAAGACUACCAUUGCAUUGUUUUUAAAAAGUUAUCAAACACGAGACUUCCGGUGGCACCGCAGGCACUGACGCUCUUCUCUUGAGCGCCAGCCCCGCGAUCUCGUAAAGCCGCUAGAACAGCGCAAAUCAGCUGUCUAGUGGCUUGAAAACUUUCUCCCCGGGAAAAGGGGAGGAAGAGAGCAGAUGGGCGUAGGUAGAGCUCCCCUAGGAGCCCCAGGAACAAUUCUGGGGCUCGAAGGGUGAGAGCUCCCUGGAAGCCCAACAGAGCUCUGGAUCUGGGAUGUUUUUGCUUUAAGCAGAAGACGCCGCGACCACCCCUGCAAACAACGUUUGAAUAAACAUCAUUCAGAAGCAGGCUGAGCAAACUCAGGAGAGAUAAGAACUGCAAGUACUGAACUUUAACUCCAAAUGUGUAUUACUUCCUUCGAAUUUAUUAAGGGGAGAAAGUGAAACCAAGAUGGCGAUUGAGUUUUAAUGGGGCGUGAAAGCGAAACUUAAAAAGGAAAGUUUUUUUUUCCCCUCAGCGUUGGCAGCCCCUAUGCAAAAUUAGAGGCUUGUGCUUUUAAAAAUAAAGGGGAAAAAAAGGAGAAGAUUAAAGAAUUAUUUAAAGACUGAUUUUUGGAUUUGGUGGACCUAUUGUUCUGGCAGCUGAGUAAAUUUAAAUUGGAAACUAAAGAUGGCUUCAAAACAAAUUAAGGCUAUUGUCCCUAAAAGUGCUGGGUCUUCGCCAGCUCACACAUCCAGAUUGCAAUCUCUCUCUGUUCCAACGGAAGCAACAACAUUAACACUUAAAUGUUGCAGGAAGCCCUCAAAAUUCUUUAAACUCUUGGGUGGAGUUGGUACUCAAAUCAGAAAUGCAUGGAGACUGGACUGAACCAUGUGGAGCACACAGUUCCUUAUGAGCACGAGCAUACAGUAUAUUGAACGUUGAGCAUGAAAAUAAUGGAUGCAUUUCAUUUUUUUUAAAAUAACAGAAUUUCUCUCAGGAGAGAAGACUACCAUUGCAGUUUUUAAAAAGUUAUCAAACACAUUAACUAGCAAACUGGGCAUAUUUUUAGGCAAAUUAACAUUCCCUGCAUUGUAUUAGUGCAUGGAUGUCAAACUCGAUCGCAUCACGCGACAUAUCGCAACGUUUUUUGCCUUUGCGGAGCUAGGGUGGGCGUGGCCUAUGCAUGAUACGGGCUGCCAGUUUAACACCCCUGUAUUAGUGUAUUAAAAUCCGAAAUUGGACUAAAAGAA